AUGGCGGCGCUCAGCCGGGCCGAGGGCGAGGCGCGGUUCCACCGGCUCCUGGUGCAGCUGGUGGCGGAGUUCGAGGUGCUGCGCGGAGCACCGAUCGAGGAGCAUCCCGCGUUGGAGGCCGAGAUGACCGAGACCAGGCUCAGCCCGGCGGACGCCGAGCCUUCCGCCGGACUACCCCGAGCCUCUCCAGGACGCCAGCUGCCCUGUAAGGUGGCGGAGCCUGCCGAAGCCCAAGAGCCCCAGAAGGCGCACGAAGAGGAGUCCCUCGCGCUGGAGACCCUGGAUGCCUCGGUGGGCGAGGAAAGUCUGGAGCACGUGCCCCUGGUGCCAGCACCCGUCUUUGACCUGCCAGAAGUGCUCCGCAAGUUCUACUUGCUCUACGCGGACACCACAUCAGGCCAGCUGACAUGGGAAAGGCUCUGCGAGGUCGUCAAGAAGGGGCAGGGAUCAUGCGAGCUGGACCUGCUGGAAGCGGAUGUCCGCGCCAUGCUGAAGAUGGUGCCCGAAGACCCGGAGCUACUACUUCCACCGCCACAGCCAAUGCGGAUGAGCACGACUAGUGCGGCGCCCAAGGAGCUUCAGGUCAGUUUCCCCGGCUUCGCUCAGCUGAUGUGCGGGGACAUCUCCCACUUCAAAGAGGCAGCACAGGAGCGUAUGAAAGGCUUCCGCUUUCUGGUGCAGGAAGAAGCCGAGGUUCCGAAGCUCCGGCCGCAGCUCGCGCAGGCAUCGUCCUCCUGGUUCGAGAACAUCCCGUUGGACUACAAGACCUUCCUCCUCGAAGUGGCGCCGGCCUUUGUCAUCCUGGCCAAUGCAGUGGUCAUCGGCAUUAGCGCCGACGACCAUCCCGAUGCGCCCGGCUGGCAGGUGCUGGAGCUCAUGUUCACCCUCAUCUUCACCUUCGAGGCUCUCCUCAGGAUGAGGUGGACGGGCUGCCGCGUCUACUUGACAGGGCCAGAUGCAGGCUGGAACUACUUCGACAUGCUUUGCCUGACCUGCGCAUACACGGACCUUAUCAUCACCGGGAUCGUCCAGGCCACUGCGGAAGGCGAAGGACCGGCCCUGAGCGCCAUCAUGCUCAUCAAGAUCCUCCGCCUGGCCCGUGUCUGCAGGAUCAUCCGCGUCAUGCGCUUCGGCGCCGUCCGCGAACUCCGCGUCAUAAUCCUCGGCGUGCUCAGUGGCGUUCGAGUGCUCUUCUGGGCCAUAGUUCUGCUCUUCUUCACGGUCUACAUUAUUGGCGUUUCCGCACGACUGCUGAUCUCAGAUGAACCGGAGUUUGCCACCGUCUCAGCCUCCAUGCUGACAAUCUUCCGCUGCGUCACGGAUGGCUGCACGGACCUGGCAGGCCAGCCGCUGCAAGAACACUUGCGGAUCAAGCACGGGAGUGCAUUCAUGCUGGUCUACAUGGUAUUGUUUCUCUUCGUCGUCAUCGGCAUCUUCAAUCUCAUCAUGGCCGUGUUCCUAGACUCCGUGGUCAGCGACCAUGCGACGAGAGAACUGCAGGAACUUGGCUACAAGUACGAAGAGAUGCAAGAGCAGAUCUCAAACGUCAUCGCCACGCUCGCCUCUGGACGCCGCGUGGAGAAGAAGGAUCAGUCGAAGACGUUCUGCAGCUGGAUCUGCAGCUUUUUUGUGAGGAGGCCGACGCAUCUGAAGAAGAGCAUGCGGCUGAACGUGCAUAAGGAGAUGAACAAGGAGGUGGCGGUGACACGGGAGGCCUUCACUCGCUGGCUCGAAUACCCAGAGAUGCAGGAGCUGCUGACUUUCUGCAAGAUCGAGACGGCAACAAAGUAUGAUCUCUUUGACGUCCUGGACGCCGACCUCGGUGGCCAGCUUCACUUCAGCGAGCUGGUCGAAGGUCUCAUGCAGCUGAGGGGGCCGAUCACCAAGUGCGACGUCAUCUCCCUACGUCUAAUGAUGAGCAACUUGCUCCGCAGCGUGAUUCGCGUCCUGGAUCUCGCGCACGCGCUGCCAGGAGUGCCUGCCCGUGAAAGGGUCCAGCGACCCCCCUCCACCGUGGUCUAG